GUGGAAAUCAGUAGUAGGAUACAGAUGCGUCUUAAAGUCGACAUUACACUACAAUUUGGAUUACAUGUUUUUUGUUUUUUUGUCUUGAUUAAGAUAUUUACACCUCCAAUAAGCCGCAUGCUUUAGUUGAAAGGCAGUCACCCCAUAUUGGUGAAACUAACUCGCCUUUGCUUUGUACCAGGAGGAGGAAGAAGAGGAGGAGGAGGAAGAGGAGGAGGGACGGAGCGCACUGACGCUGCGCGCACUACUGCUCUCAUUUUGCGAAAUUAGAGGCUAUUUGACAAUAGCCGGCACGGACUGAAGUGGAGGCGGUGGGAACUGGAGUGCAAUAAUGACGGGCAAAUCUGUGAAAGACGUGGACAGAUACCAGGCUGUCCUCAACUCAUUAUUGGCGCUGGAGGAGAAUAAAUUCUGCGCUGAUUGCGAAUCUAAAGGUCCAAGAUGGGCGUCCUGGAACCUGGGCAUCUUCAUUUGUAUUCGAUGUGCAGGUAUCCAUCGAAACCUGGGGGUUCAUAUCUCCAAGGUUAAGUCUGUCAACCUGGACCAGUGGACACAGGAGCAAGUCCAGUGUGUUCAGGAGAUGGGAAAUGCGAAGGCCAAACGUCUCUAUGAGGCUUUCUUACCCGAGUGCUUCCAGCGACCAGAGACGGACCAGUCUGCGGAGAUUUUCAUUAGGGACAAGUAUGAUAAGAAGAAGUACAUGGAUAAAGUCAUUGACAUUCAAAUGCUUAGGAAAGAAAAGAGUUGUGAUAAUAUUCCCAAAGAGCCGGUUGUGUUUGAGAAGAUGAAACUGAAAAAAGACAUCAGCCCGAAGACAGAUUCACAGUCUGUUACAGAUCUGCUUGGAUUAGAUGCUCCAAGUCCCUCGGUGUCGAACGGUGGAGGGGUUGUUCCAGACGGCUAUGAGAGCCCAGCUGUGUCAAACACAGCUCUGGCACAUUCUGGUCUGGAUCUGUUCAGCUCCCUGCCGGCCCCAUCCUCGGCGUCCUCCACAAAAACCACACCUGUUUCCAGCUCUAUGCCUCAGAGCAGAGUGACUGCUUCAGUGCCUGAAAAUCUCAGUCUCUUUCUGGAUCCAGCGCCAAAAGCAGAGGAGGGCACUGUCAAGAAGCUUUCCAAGGACUCUAUUCUGUCACUGUACGCCUCCACCCCCUCAGUGCACACCAACAGUAUGGCCACUCAUGGGUUGUACAUGAACCAAAUGGGAUACCCGACACAUCCAUACCAUGGGUCGUACCAUUCCUUAGUUCAGGCCAGUGGAAUGGGAGGAAGUAUGAUGCCGUCACAAAUGGCGAUGAUGGGACAGCAGCAAAGUAGCAUGAUGGGAGUUCAACAAAACAGCAUGAUGGGAGUUCAACAGAACGGCAUGAUGGGAGUUCAACAGAACGGCAUGAUGGGACAGCAGAAUGGCCUCAUGGGUGCUCAAGGAGUCAUGGCUCAACCCAACAACGCUCUUUCAUCACCCUACAUGGCUGGAAUGGCCCAAGGCAUGAUGGGACAGCACCAAAGCGGAAUGAUGGUAUCGCAGCAGAAUGGCAUCAUGGGUCACCAGCAGAGUGGGAUGAUGGGGCAGCAGCAGGUUGGAGGUUUGACCACGUUACCUCAUCAGCAGAUGUAUGGAGUACAACAAGCCCAGCAGCUACAGUGGAACAUCACCCAGAUGACUCAACACAUGGCGGGCAUGAAUGUCUAUAAUACCAACAGCAUGAUGGGAUACAGUAAUCAACAGAUGGGAGGGUCGACAACUCCGAACUCAGCACAUAUGACAGCACAUGUAUGGAAAUGAUCUCGUCUUGUCCAGGAAAUGAUCCAACGACAUACGGAGAGAGAGAGAUGUAAGGUUCUGUGUUUAAGACUCUCCAUAAGACAUUAACUAAUGUAAGGGAGGAGAGAAAGGAGGAGGAGGAGGAGGAGGAGGAGGAAGCAGGUACGAAGAAGGAGGUUUGAGUAACCACCGCUACCUCUCUUUCUCUCUCCUCUCUGCCCAUGCUUCCUCUUUCCGUUUCAUCCAUGGCCAUGUUUUGCAGAAUUCCAUGCUUGCCUUCAAACAUUUUCGUACGGCGGCCUGGACGACAUGGUCCAGACACGGCUGGUUAAGACUUCAUAACUCUUUGUACCUAACCUAUAUGUGAGCUUUGGUCCAUGGACACACAUGUUCUAUAUGUAACAGAUAAAUCUUUUUUGCUUUUGGAUGUACUCUUGGUUUCGUCUUUAUUCUUGGAUGCAUUUUCUCUUCACGUUAUUUGAGGUUUUUCCCAUUUAGCCUAGCCUAGCUUAGCUCAGUGUGGUUCCCGUGUGCCUGAAUGCUAUUAUCAAGUUGUAUUUGUUCCAUUUUUACACAUUUACAGUACAUAUAUGUUAUUUCAAAGGACAUUUUGUUUUUUGUUUUUUCAGUGACAUAAUCGAUAUAAAUGCGUUGGCUUUAAGUUAAACUCUGAUGUUAUGCUUUAAAGAAAGAAAAGUUAUGUAAUCUCAAUGAACUUGUUUUGGUUUUGUUUGCUUUUUGCAUGAUUUUCUCACCCGUCUACUGAGCUAGAAACCUUAUUUUGAAAACAGCAACGGCAAAUCCAAUUUUGCAAAACACAGUAACGUCUUUGAAAGCUACAGUUAGCUUUCCUGCUAAAGUCUCUUUCUCGUGUACUUUUUCUUGUUUUAAUAAUAAAAGAAACUAUUAGCAAUACAUGUCAAUAUUUUUGACUUUAUAAGAUUUUACUAUUUAAUUUCAGCUGCUUUUUAUUUCCCUAAAUCUGUAAAAAAAAAAAAAAAAAAGUGUCUUAUAUAUAUA